AUGCCACGGACCUUGGAUGAGACAUAUACACGUAUGCUGUCCUUCAUCGACAAUCUCUACUUUAAUGAAGCUCGGGCAGCUCUGGAAUGGCUUGCGUUUGGUUUUAGUCCGCUUUCCGUUGCUCAGCUGGCAGACGCAUGCAGUAUUCAGAUUGACAAUUUCCAAGAGCCUGCCUUCGAGGCAUGCGGAUAUGAAGCCCUGGUUGGGCUCUUUAGUGUCUUAUCUUUGCUCAUCAUCGUUCAAGACGACCUGUCAGACCACGAGACAGACGACAAGACAGGUGACGUGGUAGAUAAUGACUACCCCGCCGAUUCUACACAAAACCAUCUACCAAACAAGUACGACAAGGCGCAUUAUAGUCAGACAGUUCGCCUUGCUCACUUCUCUGUCAAAGAGUACUUGGUCUCCAAUCGCUUACGUCAAUCUCGGUUUGAACUGUCAAGAUAUGCGCUCAGGGAAACAGAAGUGCAACUUUCCCUGGCUCAGAGAGGCUGCGCGUAUCUCCUAUAUUUUACAGAGCAAUGGAACGCGAAGAUCUGGGUCGAUGAAGCAAAGUCUCCACGCAAACCUACUUGGCGCCACGACAAUAGUGAGAUACGGGAAUAUAGGCCGAAUUCCCUGGAAGAUUUUGCACCCAUCUAUACGCUAUUACCAUACGUCUGCACACAUUGGCCAGGACAUCAGGCAUUGGUAGAGUUGAUUGAAGAACCACUCCCUGUAAGCAUGCGUCUUCACCUCAGAAUUCUUCAAAAUGAUCGAGCACGAACCUCGUGGAUACGGCUUCAUAUCCACUACUCUCACUUUGGUGGAUGGCAGAAUUCAACUGCUUUGUAUUGGGCGGCUUUCUUAGAUCUACGUCAGUCUGUGUCUCUACUUUGCAACUCGAAGUCAAGUCAAGACAUCAACAAAGCAGGCAGGCUUCAUUGUACAGCCCUUCAAGCUGCAACGUCUCGUGGAAACGAAAAGGUUGUAGAAAUUCUCAUCGCGUCCGGUGCUGACGUAAACUGUAAAAGGGGAUCUCACGGCACAGCUUUACAAGCUGCUGCGUUUUUAGGACACACAAAAAUAGUGGAUAUGCUCAUGGCCAAUGGUGCUGAUGUAAACUGCGACGCGGGAAGCUUCGGUACAGCUUUACAAUCUGCUGCCUGGUGCGGACACGAAGUCGUAGUCGAUAUGCUCAUCGCGAAUGGUGCUGAUAUAAGAUACCAUGCGAAUCGUAUUGGCUCUACCGCGCUUACUGGGUCGGCGAUGAAUGGCCACGGCAAUAUCGUAUCGAAGCUACUUAAGGUGGAUGUGGAUAACCGCACGCUUAAUUUCAGGAGCGGACUUGGUACCGCUCUAUACCAAGCCGCACGUAAGGGCCACGAGCAAAUUGUGGAAGAACUUUUUCAAGUCGGCGCGGAUCAUGGAGAUGCGAUGGAAAUAGCAACACAGGAAGGUCACGCGGGGGUUGUGAGAGUUCUCAUCAAGUACGGAGCAGUUUACGAGCCAGUGGACGAAGUAUGA